CGCACACCCACCAUGGAUCUGCUGCUGGUGGUGAACACGAGCCUGGGCUCUCCCAACGGGUCCCUGGCGCUGCCCCCCUCCUCACCGUCCUCUUCAGCUCUCCUGCAGUCGCCCUCCCUCUACUCCCCGGCGGCCGUGGCCAGCCUAGCAGCGGUGGUGGGCUUCCUAAUCGUCUUCACCAUCGUGGGCAACGUGCUCGUGGUGAUCGCGGUCCUCACCAGCCGGGCGCUGAGAGCCCCCCAGAACCUCUUCCUGGUGUCCCUGGCCAGUGCGGACAUCCUGGUGGCUACUCUGGUCAUGCCUUUCUCCUUAGCCAACGAGCUCAUGAAUUACUGGUACUUCGGCAAGGCUUGGUGUAACAUUUACCAGGCACUGGACGUGCUCUUCUGCACCUCCUCCAUCGUCCACCUGUGUGCCAUCAGCCUCGACAGGUAUUGGUCAGUCACACAGGCAGUGGAGUAUAACCUCAAACGGACCCCUCGGCGGAUCAAGGCCAUCAUCCUCACAGUCUGGCUCAUUUCAGCUGUCAUCUCCUUCCCACCAUUGAUCUCUGUGUACCAAGACCCUGAAGGAGGAGAUGGUUUUCCCCAGUGCAAGCUCAAUGAUGAGACGUGGUACAUCCUUUCAUCUUGUAUUGGCUCUUUCUUUGCCCCCUGCAUCAUCAUGGUGUUGGUCUAUAUCCGCAUCUACCGUGUGGCCAAGCUAAGGACCAGGACCCUCUCUGUGAAACGUACAAUGCCAGAGGGGUCCUCCCAGACUGAGAAUGGUUUGAGCCGUGCUGCUGGGGGCUGCACUUCCCUGAGGAUGCAGCUGGGAGAGAACGGACAUUACUCGGCACACCACUGGCGCAAAGCCUCCGAGCUGGAGGACAUCGAGCUGGAGGAGAGCAGCACCUCAGAGAGCAGGCGGAGGCGGAGCCGGGAGGAGCAUCCCCGCAAAAGCAGCAAGAGCCAGUCCUUCUCCUACUCAUAUUCCUCCAAGCACUCCAGUAGUCGUCUGUCCCGUGCCAGCAACCGCUCCAUGCAGCUCUUCUCGUAUCGCCGUCGCAGGAAGCGUAGCAGCAUCUGCCGUAAGAAAGUCACCCAGGCCCGGGAGAAACGCUUCACUUUUGUGCUGGCCGUGGUCAUGGGGGUCUUUGUAGUGUGCUGGUUCCCCUUCUUCUUCAGCUACAGCCUCUAUGGUAUUUGCCGGGAGGCAUGUGAGGUUCCUGAGACUCUCUUCAAGUUCUUCUUCUGGAUUGGGUAUUGUAAUAGCUCCCUCAACCCAGUCAUCUACACCAUCUUCAACCAAGACUUCCGCAGGUCCUUUAAACACAUUCUCUUUAAAAAGAAGAAGAAGAACAUUUGGCAUUGAGGUGGAGGGAUGGAUUUGCUUUGAGCAGGAGUGGAGUUAAGAAGGCUCUAUGCUGAAAAAGAAGGGAGGGAAGAGAACAUGGGGUUUGGGCUUAGAAUGAAGAGGGCUUGCCCUCUUGGUGUUACAGCAUGGUGGUGUGGAGUACAGGGACAGCACUGGGGAGGCUGAGGGCAUUCACCAUGGUGUGAAAUGGCCACAUGGUGCUGGAGGAGUGGUGCUGGAGUCUGGAUGGGUAAAUGGGGAGAGUUGUGAUUGUUUGUAUCCUGCAUGGGGUGUCUGCAGAGGAAAAUAGGCUAAGACACUGAGAUUGGGAGGCAGUGAGCUUUUAUGGGCUCUGGAAUUUUGUGGAAAAGCAAGCUGAGACAUCAAGAGGAAAGGAUUAAGUGGCAGUGGUGGUAAAGACUUGACUAUUUUAAAUAGAGCAGCUGGGGCCUGUGGUGGGCUCAUCUCUGUAAGAAAUUGGGUUUUACUGCAUAUGUGGGGAAAGAAAGUGCUAAGUGCUAGGCACUGACAGUUUUUUGAAUUAUUAAAGGAUUUAGGUGUUUGCCAAAAAAAACCCUAAAGA